ACAACGUGAGGAUCAGUUCCACGUGUUAUUGAUACUGAUAUAUAUAUAGAUAUAUAUUUUUAAUAUUUAUUGAUAAGUAAUAUAAUAAUAAUGGAAAGUAAUAUUGAAUGUUUUUGGAGUAAUCUAAAGUCUCAUCCUCAGUGUCCGCAUGGACCAACAUUAUUGUUCGCCAGACGUAUAAACGAAGAUCUUAAUUAUUUUUACGCCUGCUCAGCAUGUCGGGACCGCAAGAUAUGUCACUUUUAUUUAAAAAAAGACGAGGAGUUGACCAAGGCCCAGAAAGAAAGGUGGCAAGGAGAGAUUAAAAAAUAUAAUCACAAGCACAAUCAUCAGAAAAGUUACAUACGGUUCAAUGAACUGCUCUCUGAGCAACCUAGUAGGCGUGCUUACUGUCACACGUGUGAAAAACUCAUGUCCGUUGACGAGGUUCCAAAGCAUUCAGAGCAUGAGGUAACCAAAGACGUGUCCAAUGACCAAAUGUACAACCCUACGACUCUGUUGAAACCUUUAACUGACUCUAGAAAAGAAGCUCAGUAUUUAUUUUCCAAGAAAACGACAACUGACAUCACCAAUCUGCUGAUAAAUCUUGGCGCCAAACAUGUUCUGUGCAUCGGAGCGCCUAGAAUUCAUGAGCACAUCAUCCAAAAUUAUGAUGAUAAAAUGUCUAGUCUUUUGUUGGAUUUCGACGGAAGAUUUCAUGAUUUCUUCGGGCCUCUGAGUUUCUGCUGGUACAAUCUCUUCAAUCAUCACUUCUUCAACAAGGAAUCUCAACAAAUUUUUAAAGAUUUCCUUACCCAAGACAAUGGCAAAGACAUUUAUGUUGUAUGCGAUCCACCAUUUGGUGGUAGAGUUGAACCCAUGUCGCAAACUAUGAAAAUGAUCAGCGAUUUGCAUAAAAAGUGGAACGGACUGUCAGAAAAAGAUGAAUUGAAAAUAAUUUUCAUCUUGCCGUAUUUCAUGGAACCGAUAAUGCAUUUCAAGUCGAAUCCUGCCGGUGUGGAUGGCGGUUUAAAAGACUUGAAGAUGUCCGACUACAGAGUCGACUAUGACAAUCAUUCUUUGUUCAGGUCUGGGUCCACUGGACGCAAGUUUGGAAGCCCUGUUCGUAUUUUUACGAACAUUCCUUUGAAUUUAUUGAAGCUACCGGAAGACGACGGGUACAAGUAUUGCAAGAGGUGCGACAAAUGGGUGUCGGUGGAAAAUAAACACUGCAAAUUAUGUAAAACUUGUACAAGUAAGGACGGGAGACGGUAUAAGCACUGUAAGAUUUGUAAUCGGUGUGUUAAACCUGCGUGGGAGCAUUGCAAGAAGUGUGAACGUUGUGCUAAAGUAACACAUACUUGCGGGGCAAAACCUAAAGUCAGCGGUCAUUGCAGUAAAUGCAAUAAGACAGAUCAUAUUAGUAAUGAUUGUCCUGAAAUAGUUGAUGCUGGUAGUAAAAUUUUAAUUAAAUCACAAAGAAAACGGAAGAAUGAUUCUGGUAACAAUUUUAAUCAUAAGAAACAAAAAUUGAAUGACUCGGGUGUGAUUGGAAGAGUCGUGAAAAAUAAGAAGAAACAUGAAAAGGAGGAAGAAGUAAUGAAGAAAGCGGGAGGGAAAAAAGAAAAGAAGAAUAAAAAAAUUGCUGCAGAAAAAGAAAAUUCAGAAGUGGAAACUAUGAAAGUUAAAAAGAUAAAAGUUGGCAAAGAAAAUGAAGAGGUGGUGAAAGAAAAGGAUGAUGAGAACAUAAACAAGAGCGUGAAGGAAUCAAAAGAUGAUUCAAAGUCUGUUUUAAAGAAAAAAAUAAAAAUGAAGGUACAGGAACUGAAAGGUGAUUCGAAAAUAACUUUAAAGAAAAAAGUUAUAAAUGCGAAUUGUAAAUUGGGAUUAAAGAAGAAGAGUAUUAAAUAAAUAUAAAUAAAUAAAUAAAAAUGUUUUUGAAAAAUGUA